AUGAAGACAACGGGCGUGGAUAUCGAAGAGAUAUUCACCGAAUUGGACCGUAUUCGCCUGCAAUACGGACUGCCGGUCUGGCAUGCUGAAGCUCAUGACCCCAAAUGUCGAAUUCAGUUUGCGCUUAGGUACUUGUUGGGUGUUGGAAAGACGGAUGGGGAAAGCACCGAGCGUUUGUGGAGCCUACUCAAUCCCGCAAGUUGGUCGACAAAGGAAAUGGGAGAAGGCGCCCGUCAUGAUGUCCUGGAGGACAAGAUCGACCUGAUUAAUUUUGAGAAAAACAGGAGCAUGGGGCGGACACUUGCAAGACGUUUGAUUGUCGCUGUAGCAGAGCGUCAAAGGCAGGGCAUUGAAUUCCAGGAGCUGGACGACAGCGUUCCUAAAAAAAAACCCGCGACGGGAAUGGGCCAAGAUGAUGGAUGCCUGGGUGGGAAGCUCGCCGGGCCUAGUGAACGCGAAAUAAGUGAAGAGUUGAAACGAGCUGAGGUGGAAGAUGCACAAGCCGGAAUCAAACCUUUGCUGGAAGGUAAAAUGACCAUAACAGCGUUCAUCAGAGCGGGUAUGCAGCUUCAGGCCAUCCAGCGUCGUAUACGGACUGCUCUGAAGGCAAAAAAGUCAGCAGAUCAAGCGAGCCAGAUACAAGAAUUACGUCUAUCUCUGAUCAAACAAAUGCGCACCUUGAAAAACUUCAACUAA